AUGCCAAACAAUAUUUUUGUGAAAAUGAAGCAAACUUUCAUUGAUCAAUGUUCUGAAAACUUUUAUCAGCUUUAUCAAAAGACAGAACCGGGGUGGCCGCAGGGAGCGGGGCAGAGCCCGGCGCCCGGCUGGGAACUGACGGAUUUUUACCUUUCCUUUUGUAAUUCCUACACACUUUGGGAGUUGUUCGCCGGGUUGUCCAAUCCGGACACUUUAAACUGCAGUCUGGAUGUGGUGCUGAGGGGGGGAGGCUCCUGCAGCCAGUGCGUCCAGGCUUACCAGCGCUACGACCAGCACGCUCAGGAGAAAUACGAAGAGUUUGAGGUUAUGCUCCAGAAGUAUUUACAGUCGGAUGAGUACUCGGUGAAAUCGUGUCCUGAGGAUUGUAAGACUGUCUACAAAGCCUGGCUCUGUUCCCAGUAUUUUGAAGUCACACAGUUUCACUGCAGCAACAGAAUUCCUUGCAAGCAAUACUGUUUGGAGGUUCAGACAAGGUGUCCCUUUAUAUUACCAGACAAUGAUGAUGUCAUCUACGGAGGACUAUCAAGUUUCAUCUGUACAGGGCUCUAUGAAUACUAUCCAACCAAUGCAGAACCAGAAUGCUGUGAUGUCAGAUGGGGACUAUUAUCAGAUCAUCAAUCCAAAGGGACUAUAAAAACAAGUGGCUCAACAGUGUGUCAUAGGACAUCGCUCACAGUUUCAUCAGCAUCAAGACUGUGUAACAGCAGACUUAAACUGUGUGUUCUUGUAUUAAUUCUAUUACAUACAGUACUAACAGUCUCAGCAGCACAGAACUCAACAGGACUGGGUUUUGGAGGCAUAACAACUUUGGAAGAUAAUUCAACCAAUGAGGAAUGAAAAAAAAAGAUUCAUCUUAUAUGACAGAAACAUAAGAGGCCCAAGUGACUACAGUCAAAUAUAAAAAUGACUGAGUGCUUUACCCUCAGAUAUCUUCUUCAGUGACCUUUUGGGUAAAAGGAAAAGAAUGGGCCACUACCCAAACAAGAAGAACACAAGAACACAGCUUUUUAUUGACUAAAAGGCUGUAUGGUGACUUAAAUUUCUCACACCAUUUUAUACACUGUGUUUUAAUGUUUGGAGUUUCUUUUUUUGUUUGUUUUUUGCACUUGUUAAUACAGGAUUUUAUUUUUGGGACAGUUUCUCAAAGCUAAAUUAAGUCUUUUCUCUGUCGAUAUAUUUCUAGUCAUUGUGUGUGUUCAUCUGAUAGUUCUGUCUUUUAUGUCCUGUCAGUUUCUAUUAGAGGAAUGACUGCUAUGAUUCCAUGGCAUAGUAAA